AAUGCAUCUGCAUCCAACAAAUGGCAAUAUUUGCGAGCAGAUAUGAAAGAAAACUACCAAUUGACGACACCGAGGCAAUAACUUGCGAAAUAGCAACAGUUGAGGAGGUCGACGGACAUACGGAAUACCUGCUGCGCGUGCAGAGAGGCGAUAGCUCCUGGAACGUUCUACGCCGUUACAAUGACUUCAAUAAGCUGCACAAAAGUCUUCGUAUCUCUGGCAUUGAAUUGCCGCUGCCUGGCAAACGCAUCUUUGGUAACAUGCGUCCGGACUUCAUAGCUGAACGGAAAGAAGCAUUACAAGUUUAUAUAAACACAAUACUAAUGAAUCCCAUUUUGGCAUCAUCGCUGCCAGCCAAGCGCUUCGUUGAUCCCGAAAGCUACUCGCAAUCAUUCCAUGACCAUGCAGUGCAACAUGCUUUGCUCUGUUUGCGCAACGACACGGUGUGGACGCUGGGCGCCACCAUGGGCGCGAUAGGUUGGCGGCUACGCAAGCAUUACUUUAAGGCGACCACCAAGCCGCCAGAGAAGAGCAGCAACAAGUUGGUCAAGAGCGGCUCACAGAACCAACAGAGCAAGCAUUUCGCAGCCGGCAGCAAUGGCGGUGCUCACUCAGUAUCGAUUGAUGCGGGCACAGUGGAUCCGAAUGCGGAAAUGGUGGCCGAAUGGCUUGAAUACGGACCUGACAAGUACGUCGAUGAUAAGGAAAUGAAUGGCGUGCUGAAAAGCCUCAUGGGCCUGCAGCAUCCGCACAUUGAGUCCAUAGUGCUGGCAGCGAACACCGAAAACGGCUGCUUGAUCAUCAGAAAAUUCCAUAAGCAUGGCACACUCAAGGAUGUGCUCUGCAUGGCAACGCCAAAGAAUCCAUUUUUAAGCAAGUACGGCAAUCCCAAAGGACGUACAGCUCUGUCCAUGAAGCAAGUGGCGACCUAUGGCAAGCAAAUUUUAGAAACUCUUAUAUUCUUGCACUCGAAAGGCUAUGCUUAUGGUCACCUACAUUCGGGAAAUAUUGUCAUUGUGGAUGACUGUGUCAAGCUGUUGGACGUUGAGAACUAUUUGGUGGGUGUGCCGGCGUUUUAUCGACCAUUUUUCGUGCAGCACAGCAAGAUACACACAAUUGAGACAGUUGACGUUUACUGUUUCGGUCAUGUGCUGUUCGAAAUGGCCAUGGGCUAUCCGCUGCAGGAGUCGGUCGUGCGACAAAUAACAGAAUGCCCCGAAGCGUUAAAAUCUCUAUUGGAGAGCAUACUAUCGAAGGAAGCAUGCAAGGCAGGCCUGCCCACACUGGAGCAACUGCUUGGCCACAGAUUCUUUACGCAAUAUGCAACUGACAGUGGAACCACAGCCGAAAAGCCAUACUUCAAGUUGUCCCUGAACGCAAAGGAAUUGCUUAGGCAGGCGGCCGUUAAGUGCGAGAAUCGUUUGCGUGACGAGCAAAAGUCGGUUAAGAACCAAAAGCGUAUUGUACGCGUACAGGAGCUGAUGAGCUCCGAGGAGGAGAAGCGCAAAUCAAAGCAGAAAGCUAAGUUAGAGCACAAACAAUCGAAGCUUAAGCAACAGGGUUCGCUCCAAGCAAGCAAUGGACGCUUGUCGCUGGCGGCCGUGACAGCUGCAUCGACCAGCACAGUUACCGCCGGCGGCGGGCUAAGUACGGCAGACUCUUUCAACCGCUCCGACAGCACCCCAGAAGAGCCCCAUCUAGCUGGUAUUAAAUCAAUCAUGCCAGCUGCGCAGCAGUCGCACCAGGUGCUGCCAGCGAGCAGCGCUCCCGUGGAGAGGCAGACAUCGACUCCGAACAUUGCAACAGAGGACGUUGACGCUGGCGAGGAUGAGCCCACGCGCUCAGCAUUGCUUGAGUCAAUUUGCAAAUUCAAUCGAGGCUCGCUGCGCAAGGUGCGCUCAAAUGAUUAGGCGACGCGCAAAGAAUUUUACAUAUUUACAUUUUGGACCAAAUGUGGCGUUAUGAAAUAACGGUUCCAUCAAAUUAAAAGGCAAAACAAAGAACAAAUCAAUGGAGAAUAACCAAAAACAAGAAAACAAAUAGAUACAUUUUUAGAUACAUAUAACAAUACAUAUUGGUAAACUAA